GCCCGGCGCUGGAGAUGCGCGGCCCGGGGCAGGGCGCAGGAGACCUUGAAGAGCUUCCUCCACCUGCGCUUUCGUUAAAGGGAAAAGCAUGCUAAAGCUGGACCCGAUCCCUGGAGUGCAACCCCGCUGAGCAGUAGGUGGGAUUACUCCGCGGUAGUUAUGGAGAGCUAUAACCUAGCAGCAAAGUGCUAAAGCAACUUCUCCCCGCUGGCAGAGGAAUAUGACCACGCUCCUGCUCCGGAGCCACCGGCUUCACACCCUGCUUUGUGGCUGAGGGAAGGUCACUCAGGCCCUUCCUCCUCCUCUUGCCCUUCUUCCUUCUUCCAGUGAAAGACAGAGGAGAGGACUGUUACUCUGCAGUUGCUAGUGCUGGGAAUACCGUGCCUUUUGCCUGGGAUGACUCGUCCUGAUGUGCCACUUCCCCAGGAUGUACAAAGUGUGGCUUGGACUGCUUGGGCAGACAAAGUCUGCAGACUGAUCACUAGGGGCCGUGGGCUGGAAACAGCUGGGCACAAGCCAGCAGGGCUCUUCACACCGGGUCCGAGGAAGCAGACCUGCUUCUCGUUUAAAAACUAACUCCUGAUGAUCAAACUCCAGCGGCUUUUGUUUUUACUUCUCCCCUGCCAGUUUGCACUUUCAGGGAAAAAAAGAAAACCCACACACCUGAUGCAAUGCGGUAUUUCUAUGUUGGUUUUGUAUAUAAGAUUUGCUAUGCAAUGCCAAAACUAAAUAAGGAGGAGAGACGGCCCUGCAUCCCAGAUCAAACAGAGAAUUAAAGUUGAAAGGAGAAACUAUGACUUGGAACGACACCACUAUGGACGGGGAAGGGUUGCUUGUAGAAAGGGACUCUUCCUUUCGGAUCCUUACGGGCUGCUUCCUCUCGCUGCUGAUCCUCUCCACGCUGCUGGGAAACAUGCUGGUCUGUGCAGCUGUCAUUAGAUUUCGCCACCUAAGGUCCAAAGUGACCAACUUCUUUGUCAUCUCCUUGGCAGUGUCAGAUCUUUUAGUAGCGGUUUUAGUCAUGCCUUGGAAAGCUGUGGCUGAGAUUGCUGGUUUCUGGCCUUUUGGUUCAUUUUGUAACAUCUGGGUGGCCUUUGAUAUUAUGUGCUCAACAGCCUCCAUCUUAAAUCUCUGUGUCAUUAGUGUGGACAGAUACUGGGCCAUCUCCAGUCCAUUUAGGUAUGAGAGGAAAAUGACCCCCAAGGCAGCCUUCAUCCUGAUAAGUGUGGCAUGGACCUUGUCCGUGCUGAUUUCCUUCAUCCCUGUGCAGCUAAACUGGCACAAGGCUACAACCACAAGCUUUUUGGACCUAAAUGCCAGUUUACAAGAUAUAAGCAUGGACAACUGUGAUUCUAGCCUAAACAGGAUGUAUGCCAUCUCUUCUUCUCUAAUUAGUUUCUAUAUACCUGUGGCCAUCAUGAUAGUAACUUAUACAAGGAUCUAUCGGAUUGCUCAGAAGCAAAUAAGACGAAUCUCCGCUUUGGAGAGAGCAGCUGUGCAUGCCAAGAACUGCCAGAACACAAGUGGCAAUAGAAGCAGUAUGGACUGUCAGCAGCCAGAGAGCAACUUCAAAAUGUCCUUCAAGAGGGAAACGAAGGUUUUAAAGACUUUGUCGGUGAUCAUGGGGGUGUUUGUGUGCUGCUGGUUGCCAUUCUUUAUAUUGAACUGCAUGAUUCCCUUCUGCGAGCCUACCCAACCGUCCAAGGGAGCAGAACCCUUCUGCAUUAGUUCCACCACCUUUGAUGUUUUUGUUUGGUUUGGAUGGGCUAAUUCUUCCCUGAACCCCAUCAUUUAUGCCUUCAAUGCUGAUUUCCGCAAGGCGUUUUCAACCCUGCUAGGAUGCUACAGGCUCUGCCCUAUGUCCAGCAACGCUAUAGAAACUGUUAGUAUCAACAAUAAUGGAGCAGUUGUUUUUUCAAGCCAACAUGAGCCCAAAGGGUCCAGCCCCAAAGAGUGUAAUCUGGUUUAUCUGAUUCCACAUGCAAUUAUCUGUCCAGAAGAAGAACCUCUAAAAAAGGAAGAGGAAGGUGAACUAUCUAAGACCACGGAGAAAAUGUCUCCAGCACUGUCGGGUAUCUUGGAUUAUGAAGCUGAUGUUUCUUUGGAGAAAAUCAAUCCCAUUACACAAAAUGGGCAGCAUAAAACCUGAACAGUAAGGUCAACCCAGCAAGAGCUAAUAGUGUGUAUUGUAAUAAUCUUUAAAAAAAAAGAUAUACAAGAUUUCUUAGUAAGAAACUACGAUCUAAGGAGAAAUACAUUUACACAGAGCCCAGAAUUAAUUUUCCUGGCAUUCAAAUCAAACUUAACAUUUAAAACAAUAAAUAGCAAAAGAUACUGAAAAUAGGGGAAAAAAGCGUACGACACUGCAUUUUUCAUACUGAGGAAAUACACAAAUUUGGAUACAGUAGAGUGACAAGGAAAAUAUUGCUUCAUCUCUACACUUAGAGAAGCCAAUAUCUAGCUUAAAAUGAGGCAAAAGAUAAAUGUUAAGUAUUUAAAGAUUAAAGUUUACUAGAAGUUAAAAGAUUGCUGUGUCUUGUGAUAGUGGGUGUUAAGAGGUCCUAAUUAAAGACUGAGGGAUUGUAAAGGUAGGUAGAUGCCUUCUUAAAAUUAUUUCUGAAAAAUAAUUGAGCCUUAUAAUGAGAAUGGAUAUUUUUAAAGCUUUGGAAGGUGAUAUG